GUGCUCGUCCUCGUUGUCGCCAUGAUCACGACUCUGGGCACAUAGAUGUUUGACAAUAUUGUAAUUCGCAAAGAAGUAGCAAAGUUGUACGUUGCAUGCAAAGGAAUCAACUCGAGGCCCACUGUUUGAUCAGAUCACUAGAGCUCAUACAUUUGAUCACAGCACCACUUUUGUCAAGUCAAGCUUAAAUCUCUGGAAGCCCUUGCAUCUGUGGUCCAAAAGCUUGACUUCCCCGGUCCACAAAGUCAUCCAAAGUUGGAGCUCUCUCGCAAUCUUGUGAUCACAGUCCAAAAGGAGAAAAUUACUCAAGCUUUACAGACCUCUGAAAGAGCCACGGUGAUGGCAGCACUUCUUCUUCUUCUUUUUCUUCGCGCUUUGCCACAGUGAUGGCACCACUUCUUCUUUUUGUUCUUGUUCUUCUUCUUGCGACCAUCGCAUCCCCGGCUCGUUACGAAUGGGAUCACGAUUGGAAGGUGUUCAACAAUGGGAGCUUGAGGACGAUCCCAGCCGGAAUGGAAUAUGGAAGCUUUCGCCAAGUGGUGGACGGUCGCGGCCAUCCAAUCUCGAGCGACAACAGCACGCUGUGCCUCGCCUUCCUCGACUUGAACAGCACCGGCGGCUUCUACCUCUCGGUGAUGCUGGGAGUCCACACCAACCAGGCGGUUCCCAUCUGGACCGCGAACCGGAACUCCCCAGUCUCGAGCAACGCCGCCAUCCAGAUCCUCAGCGGCGAGAUGCGGCUCGUCGACUCGCAGAACCAGCGCGUCUGGAGUCCCUUCAAGCUCGGGAUCCGCGGCAUGGAGCUCACCGAGGACGGCAACUUACGGCUCUUCGACGAUCAAGACGCAACGCUGUGGCAAACUUUCGACGAUCCGGUCGACGUUCUCAUGCCCGGCCAGAGGUUCCGGACUGGCAGCAAGCUGGUGGCGAGCUCCGACAAGUCGAGCAUGGUCGAGGGCCUGUUCGUGACGAGCGUCGAGGUGAGCGGACUGGCUCUCUACUUGAGGUCCUCGGACGCGAUGGUGGCGCCGCAAGCUUAUAGCAUCUCGACCAUGCAGAGCACCGUCGUGAAGAGGCAGCUUAGCACGGUUCUCCACGAGUGUCCCUCGUACCACGCCGUGUUCUCGUUCUCCGGUGCCGACUAUGUGCUCGAGUACGAGGCCAAGGAUAACUCCACGGCCGCGUCUGGCUUGCUGCCGUGCUCGGCUCCUCGGAGAGUCCACUUCCCGUUCAUCGACACCAGCUUGGAGUUGAGGUUCCUCCGCCUCGAGCACACCGGCGAUCUUGUAUCGUAUGGCUUCGACUCGAGCUCGGGCUCGUGGAAGGCGGACUUUAGCUGGGAGUCCCUGGUGCAAGAUAAAGUUUGUCCGACUCCUCUCGCCUGCGGUCGAUAUGGUAUGUGCCAGUCUCGAGGCUCGGCUCCUUGCAAGUGCCUCUCGAGAGCCACUGGGCGGUAUGAAGUAGACUCGAGCACCGCUUGUCCAUCGCCACCACCUUUCAUCACUGCUGAGACGUGUUCCGCUAGAUCAGAGGCCCCUUUGCAGGAUUUCCUGGGAGUCUCGUAUUUCCCGAACAAGCUGCUCCAGCCGGAUAUGGUGUCGCCCCUGGACAAGUGCCUGAAUAUGUGCAAGGCAAACUGCUCCUGUGCCGCGGUCUUCUAUAGCAAGAACUCGAGCGGCUGCUACUUCGUCAAGGACAUCCUGGGAAGCUUGGACUUUGAUGCCACUGCUGCGGUGCAGUACUCCGCCCAUCUCAAGCUCGAGAGUGGCAGCAUUGUCCUGAAGCCUGGAAACAAUAAUGCUCAACGAGCUGCAAAGCUUGCCGGAAUUGCUGUUGCCUCUGCGAUUGCAGUGGUAGUCGCCUUGGGUGCCUGUGUCCUUGGACUCCGGAAGCGAAGGAGGCUCAAGGAGGAGGAGAUGACGAUGAAGGCCCUGCUCAAUUCCAUGCCUGGUGCCACGCCUCACAGGUUCUCGUACAAAACUCUCAAGGUGGCGACGAGAGGUUUCACGCAGAAGCUGGGAUCCGGCGGCUUUGGCUCCGUGUAUGCUGGAGUGCUCGCGAACGGGACACGGUUGGCCGUGAAAGCUCUUGAGACGGGUGGCGGCCAUGGUGGUCACAAGCAGUUUGUAGCCGAGGUAGUGUCGCUGGGGACCAUCAGUCACGUGAAUAUCGUCCGGCUCUGCGGCUACUGCGUGCAUGGCUCGUCGAGGUUGCUGGUGUACGAGCACGUAGCAAAUGGUUCCUUGGAUCAGUGGCUUUUCGACAGCGGCAAAAGGAGCUUGAGCUGGGAGAGCCGCUGCAAGAUUGCUCUUGGAACUGCGAGAGGGCUCGCUUAUCUGCACGAAGAGUGUAGAGAUCCAAUCAUGCAUUUGGAUAUAAAACCGCAAAACAUACUUCUGGACGAGGACUUCACAGCCAAAGUGUCCGACUUUGGGAUGUCCAAGCUGCUGACGGGCAAGGACAUCACACAGGUUGUGACUGGGGUGCGAGGAACUCCCGGCUACCUGGCCCCCGAGUGGCUUCUUAACUCCAUAGCCACCAAGAAGUGUGACGUUUACAGCUAUGGAAUGGUGCUGCUCGAGUUGAUCAGUGGAAGAAGGAACAUCGACCCAGGCAAGCUUGCAUCGUCCGGGAAUGCUCUCGACUGGUACUUCCCAAUGUGGGCUGUGAACGAGUUCAAGGCAGGAAGGCUUUUAGAUAUAGUGGACGAGACGGUACGUCGUGUGGAGAUUUUACCUCUUGUAGAGACGCUGUUUAAGGUUGCGCUGUGGUGCAUCCAAGAUAGUCCAUCGGUCAGGCCUUCGAUCAGCAGAGUUUUGCAAAUGCUUGAUGGGCCUUGCGAUGUUCCAGAGCCUCCGCUGGAUUUUCAGUUUUAUUACCAGCAACAGCGUGCACCUUCAGCCAACGUCUCAGUUAUCGCUCCAGUUUCACUGUCAAUCGAAGCUAGAUAAGUUGGAAGAAAUAAGAAAACAGCUGCCUGCUUUGCUUACCGCAGUAAAGGCUCGAAGGCUACUAGAAAAAUGGCCUGAGAACUUAGAAACUCCACCUGUAUGAUCAGAUCAAAAGGUUAUUAACGACUCAGAUAAAUUCAACAGUA